GAGCGACAGACAGAAUCCCUCAACACAGAGCCACCAGUUCCAGAAGAUGCCGUGGACUUGAUGGGUUCAUCACAUGGGAUUCGCGCUUAGUUUCAAGUAGAUUUCUGUGUCGUCCAAGUCGAUCUGCAGCCAGAUAAAACUCUCCCAGCUUCUUGUCUUUCUCAUCAUGCCACUUAAGGAGUUCCUCAUCAUUGUGAUUCUUGUGCAAUUUGUCAGCAUCACUCAGCAACUUGGAAAAGCGGAAGUGGAGAAUCGUGUGAAACCCUCGAGACUCAGUCAACUCAUUCUUCUAGAGUCACCACCGAGAUUUUAUGAUCUCUCGUCAGACUGCGUGGCGAGUGCCAAUCUUCAUGUGUCCAGCACAAAGUGCCGCUGUUCCGAGUACAUUUGCCUGAUCAAUUACAAGUUCAACAAAUUGAGAUCUCUCCAAACCUGCCAUGAAUCUUGCUGCAAGAGACAGCGGAAGGUGCUGAAAAGUGGCGUUGUGGAAAAAAAUCAAUCAACUUGAAUAUUUUGUAAUUACCGAAUAUCAUUUCCCGCUUUUUUCCUCCAUUUACAAGAAUCGCACAAUAAUCAUCAGUAUUACAUAAAAAAAA